UCGCCGGCAACCCGAGAGACGGCCCGCUGCCCCGCCCUCCGGAAGCGCUCCCUGCUCGGGACCCGGGAGCCGACCGACCCGGGGAGCGGGGGAAGCGGGUUGGGAGACCCAGUGGUGGCUGCGGGAGUAGACCCAGCUGUGCGGUGCCCGGCAUGGAUGGCUACACGGUCCUGAGAGUCAUUGGCGAGGGCUCCUUCGGCAGAGCCCUUUUGGUUCAGCAGGAGAGCAGUAAUCGGAUGUUUGCCAUGAAGGAAAUAAGGCUUCCCAAGUCUUUGUCUGACACACGGAUUUCUAGGAAGGAGGCUGUUCUGUUAGCCAAAAUGAAACACCCCAAUAUUGUUGCCUUUAAAGAAUCAUUUGAAGCUGAAGGACAUCUGUACAUAGUAAUGGAAUAUUGUGAUGGAGGGGACCUAAUGCAGAAGAUUAAACAUCAGAAAGGGAAGUUGUUUCCUGAAGAUACGAUACUUCAUUGGUUUACACAGAUGUGUCUUGGAGUAAAUCACAUUCAUAAGAAACGUGUGUUACACAGAGACAUCAAGUCCAAGAAUAUCUUCCUCACCCAAGAUGGAAAAGUAAAACUGGGUGAUUUUGGAUCUGCCCGUCUUCUCUCGAGCCCCAUGGCGUUUGCUUGUACAUAUGUGGGAACGCCUUAUUAUGUGCCCCCAGAAAUUUGGGAAAACAUGCCUUAUAACAAUAAAAGUGACAUCUGGUCCUUGGGAUGCAUUCUCUAUGAACUCUGUACCCUUAAGCAUCCAUUUCAGGCAAAUAGUUGGAAAAGUCUUAUCCUCAAAAUAUGUCAGGGGUCCAUGAGCCCACUGCCAUCCCAUUAUUCCUAUGAGCUGCAGCUUCUGAUCAAGCAGAUGUUUAAAAAGAAUCCCUCACAUCGUCCUUCAGCUACAACGCUUCUCUCUAGAGGCUCUUUAGCUCGGCUUAUCCAGAAGUGCCUGCCCCCAGAGAUCAUCACAGAAUACGGUGAACAGGUGUUAGAAGAAACCAAAAAAUCUAUGCAUAGUACACCAAGAAAAAAGGAUCCCAGCAGAACCAGAAUAACUUUGGAAAAUGAAGCAAGCACAGUGCAAAGGGAAGAACCAGGUGGAAAGUGUAGCCACACUGACUUAGAAAGCAUUAAUAAAAAUUUGGUUGAAAGUGCACUGAGGAUAGUAAACAGAGAGGAAAAAGCCAGUUUACCAGGUCCUCUCAGGCGACAGUGGGAGAAAAACGUACCCAGUACAGCACUUAGAGCUUUGGAAAACGCAUCCAUACUCACUUCCAGUUUAACGGCAGAAGACGACAGAGGUGGUUCUGUAAUAAAGUACAGUGAAAACAAUACCCGUAAGCAGUGGCUCAAGGAGACCCCUGAAACCCUGUUGAACAUCCUUAAGAAUGCCGACCUCAGCUUGGCCUUUCAAACAUACACGAUAUAUAGACCAGGCGCAGAAGGAUUCUUGAAAGGCCCGCUGUCUGAGGAAACAGAAGCAUCGGAUGAUGUUGAUGGAGGUUGGGAUUCUGUCACUUUGGAUCCAGAGAGACUUGAACCUGAACUGGAUGAAGAGGAUACGGACUUUGAGGAAGACGACAGUGCCGAUUGGGUAUCAGAACUGAAGCAGCGAACUGGCUGGCAAGGAGUAUCUGAUGGAUAAUGCCCAAGGAAAUAUUCAUUAGUCACCCGGAGGGGAUGUUUAACAGGAGGAAUUGAUAUUUGAAUAAUACUUAACUCACAGGAUACGUAUUUUCCUUUGGAAACAAAGGAAGAGUGAAGAGAGGGAAACUGUGAAUAUUUAAAAUUAUUCCUGGUUAGUAAGAUAGGGUAUAAAAAAAUCUAGGUUUUUUAAUUCAGAGGACAAUGCAUAGCACAAUGGGUAUGGGGUUUAGACUUUACAGUCAGAACAGAUGUUGAAUGCUACCACCUACUGCUUGCGUGGUUUUGAGAAAUUGCUUAACCUCUUUGAGCCUGAAUUUCCUCAACUACAAAAUGAGGAAAACAAUGCCUACCUCAUACGGAUGCUGACCUUAGACCAUCACGACAACCCAUAAUAUUAUUUGCAUGUUAUGAUUUCUGCUUUAUUACCUUAUUAUGAUUUAUUACUAUAUAGCUCUUUUUAUAUCUCCUAAAAUUUUUGAGGAUCUAAAUAUAUUUAAUUAUAACAUCAGAA